UGGCAACCAUGCCCCAAACAGUGUGUGGACAAGAAAGCUUCCUCUCUGUUAAGACUUAAAAAAAUUUCUCAGCCAUUAAAAAAAAAUGCUUGAUUGAGCUCUAAAUUUUUAUAAAAUCAGAGUUUACAGAAAUGGCAGCCACUGCUGGAGGAUCCAUUGCUGUUUCGAGCUUUCCAUCUUCUUCAUUCGGCCAUAAAUCCAGGCCGCACUCUAGCCUUCCACGGGCGAUUAAACUAGUCAAUCCAAGGCAGCGAAAUAUAGCCUGCUCGGCAGUUCAAGAAUCACCUACAUCCACAGUAGCUGCUGAAACAAAGGAGAAAAAGGAGAAGCCAGAUGAAGCAGCAGCACCCGCGAAGCCAAAGCCGAAGGCUGCAGCCAAAGCUCCAGCCAAGGCUUUGCCUGAGUUGAUGGAAGAGGAUGUUAUCCCUACACUCGAAGCCACUCUACAAGCUCAAGAUGAUAUCUCAGAACUCGAACUUUCUUUUAAUGAUAACAAGUUGGAAGGUUCAUUUCUUAAGAAGGGCAACCCUUACUCAUUUUGGGCAUUUUUCCCUGAUGGAAAUCUCACAGGUCCCAAAGGUUUCUCUCUGUCUUCAUAUGGGACAGAAGUGAGCACUGUUGAGCCAUUUCUAGUUGAUGAGAAAAAACCAACAGCCAAACAUGUUGUAUUCUGGGUUGAAAAGCGUUUGGCUGCUCAAGGAAUUAUCCCUGUGUGGAAUGAAUGACAAUUCUCUGAGUGCCAACUAAAGGGAAGCAGUCAGAAGCAUCAUUACUCUCUAAAGGAAGGAGAACCUCUCAAGAUUGAUUUGGCAUUGGCAUCAGCAUAGACGUUUGACGAAGAAUAGAAUCAGCAAGCUCUUCAUUCAGUUUCACAGGAAAUGGUGGCAUCUGCUUUGGGAGUGCCGCCUUUGCCUCGAUCCUAAAAUUGGCAUAUUCUUUGUUAUAAUCUGUUAUUAUGCAUAUCUAAUCUUGUGCCAUGUAUAUCUUCAUAUUGAUGAGAGAGCAAAGAGAUAUGAUACUAUGUAUAGUUCAGGAUUUCUGCAUGCAUCUCAAUAUGUUUCCUGUUGAUUUGUGUGUUUGGUAGGGGUGGUGGGGUGUUGAUGAGUACAAAUGAUUUCGGAUCUCAAAUGCAAGUAUAGGCUUUGUUCAUUCAUUUUUGCAUAAACUAUCAAAUACAGACUGAAAAAUUAAGAAGCUGCAAAAGGACCUUCAGUUAUUUGUGUUACCUUCCUCAAAUAGUUGUUCACAUAUUCUCUACUAAAGAUUCCCGAAAAAAAGAGGAGAAAAAAAAGUCAAAGAAGGAAAGUAAGAAACAGAACAGGGUAAGUUUAUUGUCUUUUUUCAGUAGCUGGAGGUUAAGGUUGUACUCUUAUUUUAUGAUUAUAAUAAAAUAUGCCACCAUAUGUGGUUUUAAUAUUGGGGAGAAAAAAAGAUACAAAAGGGGAAAUCUGGCAGGCCAUUUGAAAAUCUUCCAUCGUCUAGAGAAAAGAAAAAAGUAGCAAACCUGUUGGUGAACUUCGGCUACAAUUCUCAGUCACCAAAACAAAAUAAAUAAAAUUAAGAAUGAAGAAAGAAAUUAGUCUUACAUCUAUUGAAAACAUGCAAACAUUCAGGAAUGACCAAAGUAGUACUUGAAUAAAAUGGAAAGAUAAAGUCAAUGGUAAUGAGCUGGAGCAAAGGCGAGAAAGUAUUUUGUACAAGCAGGAAAUUAGUGCAUCUAUUCUUUGCUAAAGAUCAAGUGAUACCAGAAACAGAUGUCUAAAAAAACACAACACAUA